AUGUUGCGACAAAUCAAACCUCGCAAUGCGCGCAGCAAACGUGCCCUCGACAAAAAAGCCCCAAAGCCAAUCGAGAACCCCAAAACCACCCUCUUCCUCCGCUACACAACCUGCUCUCAAAUCGUACAAGAUGCUCUCGGCGACCUCAAUCAACUGCGCAUUCCCCUCGCCAAGAAGUUCACCAAGAAGAACGAGAUCCACCCCUUUGAGGAUGCUACAUCCCUCGAAUUCUUUUCUGAGAAAAAUGAUGCCUCGCUUCUAGUCUUUGGAAGCUCGAGCAAGAAGCGCCCGCAUGCCCUCAACCUAGUACGAACGUUUGGGUACAAGGUGCUUGACAUGCUGGAGCUGUAUCUAGAUCCUGAUAGUUUCAGACGAUUGAAUCAAUUCAAGAACAAGAAGUGUGCGGUGGGACUAAAGCCCAUGUUACUUUUUGCGGGAACACCAUUUGAGACCCCAGUACAGAAUGAGUAUACGUUGGUAAAGAGCUUCUUUACAGAUUUUUUCAAGGGAGAGCCCGCCGAUAAGGUCGAUGUGAUGGGAUUACAGUACAUUGUGUCUAUCAGCGCAAGAGAACCGGUAGAGGGAGAGGAUUCGAAGCCAAGUGUGCAUUUGAGAGUUUACCUGAUCCGGACGAAGAAGGCUGGACAGAAGUUACCAAGGGUUGAGGUCGAGGAGAUGGGUCCCAGAAUGGACUUCAGAGUGGGCAGAGUCAAGGAGGCCGACGAGAGUAUGCUGAAGGAGGCAAUGCGGAGAGCCAAGAAUACCCUAGAGAGACCGAAGAAGAAUAUCUCGACCGAUAUCGUGGGUGAUAAGAUUGGUAGGAUACAUCUGGGCAAGCAAGACUUGAAAGAGUUGCAAACCAGAAAGAUGAAGGGGUUGAAGAGGAGUAGAGACAUCGCAGAUUCAGAGGAUGAGGAGAUGGAAGAUGUGAUCAGCGACGAGGAGCCUGUGAAGAAGCCGAAGCGGGUUUGA